GUGUCUCCUCUCCGCGGGUCUCCGCAAUUUGCUGUUCACUUCUACUUGACACCACGUUUCUCUUCGCAUGUUCAGUUCAUACAACGCAUCUUCCUUGGCCUUAGACAUUGUUGCGGGGUCUUGAUGUGCGGUACAAAAUGCAAAGUGUGAGUGUGUACCGAUAUUCAGUGCGGUUACCAUGGUGUAAGAAACCUGAUUACUUGUGACCAUAGUAACAAGAUGGAGGUAUAUGUGGCGAAAGUAGGUGAGAGGUUUCUUACAAGUGAUUAUAUAAAUCAAACAUUUAAAAAAAUUUAAAAAAUUAAAAAGUGUGUGAUACCUUUAAUAGUUGAGACAUACCCAGCUUUUAUCACCAAGUAGGUUACAAAUAGGUUAGUUCCAAAUAAAAUACAGUAAAUAUUGCAACUGCAUUACCCGUUCAGCAAACGGCAAAAACUACAAUUUAAUACAUUGUCCAGCAACUCCAUUUUGACAUUGCUUGGCGGUUCACUAUUUAUGAUAGGGAUCUCGCGGCGCUGAAGGUGAUUGGCUGAUGGCGCUAUCGGACGGCUCUGUAGCGUGCGAGUGCAGUCAGCCAAUCCGAGCGCGAGCGAAAGCGGAUGCGCCGCCUGUUCUGUUACUACCAGAGCGAAACGUGGAGGAGUUUCGACGUCUAUGUCUGUGCCGGCAUCUGUAAUUCCCAUGCACCGCUCGUGUGGGACAUAACACCAUCAUUUACUGUACUUGUUGGGUAAAUAUGCAGUAUAAUUCGUACCAAAAUGUCCUGUAAUCUGCUAUAGGGUACUGUACUUAAUCUCGUUAGACCAGAGGCGCUUCUAAGAGCAUCUUGGGACAUCGUGAGGCUGAAUUGGAAGCGCAUGACGUAGGGAUUCGCACGAUCGACCAUCAUGGUGGCUGAGAUAUUACAGAACCAUAUAAGAAGUGGCAGCGCACCGGGCGGCGAUGACACAGCUUCCACGGCGCUGGAGCCGAACGGACCGCAGGAUGCCAGUCAGUAUUCAGGUGUAUCAAACGGACCUGUUCACCUGACCUUACCCGGCUCUAAGGAAUCUGAACAGGAGAUACCUCCCGAUGAGAAACAGGCUAUGCUUCCUGGUGGACAGAAGCCACUGCAAACUAAGCUUUAUUUCAGACGAUUUGCCGUUUUAACGGUGUUCAGCCUUUAUUCUCUCGUCAAUGCCUUCCAGUGGAUUCAGUACAGCAUCAUCACCAAUAUUUUCACCGCUUACUACAACGUGCCAAACGAUAACAUCGACUGGCUGUCGAUCGUCUAUAUGGUUGCAUACAUUCCGUUGAUCUUCCCAGCUACUUGGUUACUAGAUAAAAAAGGAUUGAAAAUUACUGCACUUCUGGGUUCCGGUCUGAACUGCAUCGGGGCGUGGUUGAAAUGCGCCAGCGUGAGACCCGAUCUUUUCGGGGUGACGAUGACUGCGCAGAUUAUCUGUUCCCUUGCACAGGUGUUCAUCCUCGGACUGCCGUCCAGGAUUGCAUCAGUGUGGUUUGGACCUAAGGAAGUGUCCACUGCCUGUGCAGCAGCUGUACUAGGCAAUCAGCUGGGUGUAGCAGUGGGUUUUUUGCUGCCUCCAGUUCUGGUGCCCAAUACGCCAGACGACAAAGAUCUGAUGGGCUCCAACAUCAGUAUCAUGUUCUAUGGAACGGCGAUAGUUUCAACGCUGCUCUUCUUUUUAGCAGUUGUCGUAAUUAAAGACAGACCUCCCAUGCCACCAAGUCAUUCUCAGGCAGUUCUUCCCGAUGUUCCCGCUGAAGAUUACUCCUACAAGCAGUCAAUCAUUAACCUCUUCAAGAGCAAGCCUUUUCUCUUACUUCUCAUCAGUUACGGCAUCAUGACAGGAUGUUUCUACUCUUUAUCAACGCUGCUGAAUCAGAUGAUUUUGACACAUUAUGUGGGCCAGGAGCUGAACGCUGGCAGGAUUGGCUUAACCCUGGUCGUGGCGGGUAUGCUAGGCUCCAUAAUCUGUGGGCUGUGGCUGGAUCACACUAAAACCUACAAAAUGACCACUCUGAUAGUCUAUAUCCUCUCCUUCAUUGGAAUGGUGGUCUUCACCUUCACCCUGAACUUGGACAGUAUCAUACUGGUCUUCUUUACAGCGGGAGUGCUGGGAUUUUUCAUGACUGGUUAUCUACCACUGGGGUUCGAGUUUGGCGUUGAAAUUACGUACCCAGAGUCAGAGGGAACAUCGUCUGGUCUCCUAAAUGCAUUUGCACAGCUGUUUGGGAUCAUUUUCACUUUGAUCCAGGGAAGGAUAAUGACUGAUCACAGCCCCUUGGCUGGGAACCUGUUCUUGUGUGUGUGGAUUUUCGUGGGCAUCAUUCUGACAGCCUUGAUAAAAUCAGAACUGAAGAGACACAACAUGAACAGCAGCAACGACAAGAAAAUUCUGCAAGCAGUCUCCACUGAGUGUCCUUCAGAUAAACCAUCUGACGCCAUGACCCAGGUCUCGUCGCCAGACUCUCCUGAGACUUCAGUUUAGGGAUUCCUCCACAGUUUCACGUCACAUCAAUAGGCCACAAGGCUGCAGAUUAUUUAAAACUGUUUUCGAUUGUAUUGUCUUUUUAUUUAAUGAACGUGUGUAUUUAUGCGUGUGGGUAAGUGGUUUGUUUUGCAGCGCACAAGAGGUUCCAAGAGGGAUCUCACUGACCACUAUUAGCUGCUUGCUGGUCCAGGCUUCACACUGUACAAAAAAACAAAAUGUGCUUUUUUCUGUUUUUAACACAAUUUUUUGGUGAAAGCACAAGUUUAACUGGCUGUCGUGUCUUACUCUGUUUCAUAGUCCGGUUUCUUGGCUGUGGUGGUAUUUAUUUCGUAAUUUGGCUUCAUUUCUAUGGGUCCUUCGUAAUCUGUUCCUCUAAUCAAAAGCACUCCAAAUUGUGUUUGAGACAAUCUGCAGUUAUGAGAAUACAUGAUCCUCCUAAUUAGCACAGACUGUAUGUCCGCAGAAGCAGAAAAUGAUUAUUACCUUUGUCAUUCACAAAGGCCUAAAAAGCACAGAGCCCCCACCCUAUUUCAAAAGGGCAAAAUGGGUGCCACCUUUUUCCAAAUUUUCCCGGGGGAGGUCAUAAGUACUGGUCCAUUUAGUGCUGGGACUAUAACUGGAAAAGUAUUUUUCGGUUGGACUGUGAAGGAUUCAACCAUAUAAGACUGAGGGUUGCAAGUGCACAGCAAUAACGUUCAGUUGGUUGAAGGUCACACAUGCUCCCAUUGGCUGUGUGGCUGGUCCUACGCCUAGGGCUGGAAUGUAAAUUGCUGAAUGGCAGACAUUUUGAUGCUUGUGUGUUUGCACCUUGAUCCUAACAGGGUUGAUAAAAAAUUGCUGUACAAGGACAAGAAGUCAGAGAUAGGAACUUCGUAGCGUUUGAUAUCUGUCAGAACACAAAAAAUAAAACUCUUUGCUCAGCGAA